AUGGCCGCCUGCCUUUCCCCCGUUAACCUCUCUGCGCCCAUGUCCUCUUUCUUCCUCCGCCCGGCCGAGCGUCAGUUCCAGCCCUUCCAGCAGGAGCUCGUUGCUGCCAUCAGCACGGCGAUGCGCCAGCCGCGCGGCCCGCCCGCGCCCAAGACGCCCGUUCUCGGCGCGCCGGCACCUAUCUUGAUGGCCUCGGAGGCUCCCUCCGUUUUUGUUGCCCCGGCCCCAGCGCCGAAGAAGAGCUGGCGCGAUCGCGUUGCUGCCGCUGCCGAGGUGAAGGAGAACGAGUGGAAGGAGGUUCCCGCCAAGAAGUCGCCCAAGAGCCCCAAGAGCUUUAAGACUCCCAAGUCUCCCAAGUCGCCGAAGUCUCCCAAGAAGAAGACGACCAAGGCUGCGCGCACUGCGUCUCCUGAGCCCAUUGUCGAGAUCGCUGCUGCACCAGUCCAGCCUGAGUCGCCCUCGGCCCGCGUCUACGACAUCACCUACCUCCUCUGCCUCUCGACCUCGCCCCUCGUCGGCGUGACCGAAGCUGAGCGCACGCACAUGGAGGACCUCGUCUACAACCACACGUGGCGCCGUGGCCCACACCAGUCCAUCUCGCGCCCUUCCUCGCGCGCGUCCAGUCGCUCGAGCUCGCCUACACCUUCGAGCCGUUCCAGCUCCCCCGCACCUGCCGCGCCUAUCCAGCGUCUCCGCUCGGAGCACCGCCGCACGAGCUCGAAGCUGAGGAACUCAGCCUCCAGCGAUGAGGAGUAA